AUGUCCGAUAGGAGUAGUCCUGCCUGGUCACCUCUUUCCCUGGACACACCUGCAACAGAGGCGGGAGAUCCAUUCGACAACCUCCAUGAGUUGUUGCGCAACAUCCCGUCGGAAAGCCAUGUUCUCGUCACCGGCGGCCUCGGCUUCAUCGGCAGCCACACAACACUUGAGCUGCUCAAGGCAAGCUACAACGUCAUUGUGAUCGACAAUCUCAGCAAUGCAUUCGAGAACGUUUUCGACCGUAUCAGCCUCCUGGCCAAGAAAUACCAUGCGGAGAAUGGCAGUAGAAUGCCAUCUAUGCGAUUGCAUGCCCAUGACUAUCGCGACACCAAAGCUCUUGAAGCGCUCCUUGAAGAGUACCGGCUACCUUCCCGGUGGGGAACUCCCAAGUCGAAAAUCGCCGGAGUCAUCCACUUCGCAGCAUACAAAGCCGUUGAAGAGAGCAUUCGGAAGCCAUUGAAGUAUUACUCCAACAACGUCAGUGGUCUUGUCGACUUUGCCUCAACUCUGGGAGAUUUCGGUAUCAAGACCUUCAUCUUUUCAUCUUCCGCCACCGUAUACGGAACCCUUGCGACGUCAGGCCUUCCAUUGAAAGAAGAACUCUGUGUCCACAAGGAAGAGGUAUACACAGAUCACACAGGCUCGCAGAAAGUCAUGCAACCCGGCUGCACUGGAAUCACCAACCCAUAUGGACGCACGAAAUGGAUGUGUGAGACCAUCUUAGCCGAUUUGGCCGCAUCAGAUCCCGAGUGGACCAUUGUCGCCCUCCGCUAUUUCAACCCUGUCGGCUGCGAUUCAUCGGGCCUCUUGGGUGAGGACCCAAGACAAGCACCGACAAAUCUACUUCCAGUCGUUGUCAAGGUGAUGACCGGCCAGUAUUCCGAGCUCUCGAUGUUUGGGACAGAUUGGGAGACCGAGGAUGGCACUGCCGUUCGUGACUUCAUCCACGUCAGUGAUUUGGCUCGUGGGCAUAUUGCUGCGCUCGGUUCGGCCACCGAAGGGAAGCUGGCAGAGAAUUUCCGCACAUUCAAUCUCGGAACAGGGAAAGGAAAUUCCGUGAUGGACGUGGUCAGCACUAUGGAGUCAGUCAUUCAAAGGCCCAUUCCUCGACGGGCCGCACCCCGCCGUGAAGGUGACGUUGGAGCCUGUGUUGCGGUUGUCGAGCGAUCAUCGAAUGAGCUCCGGUGGAAGACGGAGAAGACAUUGAAGGACGCAUGCCAGGACAUCUGCAACUUCUUGGAUGUCAGUGGUCUGUCUUCAUAG